CCAAUAACCCAAAGGAAGCAAAUGGAUGGAAUCCGCAUUCGCCAAUGGGAAAAAAAUUCCUCCUAUUUUACUAGACGAAGUUGAAGAACAACUUCAAUUUCUUCCUCCAACAGCCAUGGCGGAAGUGGGGAUGCUGAGCAGAGAUCAACGAUGGUCGCUCACGGGGAAGGCCGCUCUCGUCACCGGCGGAACCCGCGGAAUAGGGCGUGCCAUUGUGGAAGAAUUAGCCGCACUCGGGGCCAGUGUUCACACUUGCUCUCGUAACCAGGUGGAGCUUGAUCAAAUCCUGCAACAAUGGCGGAAUCAGGGCUUUCAAGUGAGCGGAUCCGUCUGUGAUGUGCUUGUCAAAGAACAGAGGGAGAAACUGAUUGAAACUGUUUCCUCUCUGUUUGGUGGCAAACUCAAUAUUCUGGUUAAUAAUGCUGGGUUGAGUUUGUUCAAGAGUAGCACAGCAGUUACAGAGCAAGACAUUUCAUGUGUUAUGGGUACAAAUUUUGAGGCAUCAUUCCAUUUUUCUCAACUUGCACAUCCAUUACUGAAAGCCUCAGAAUCUGGAAACAUUGUGUUCAUCUCCUCAGUUGCAGGCGUCACUUCCUUUCCAUUUGGUACUCUGUAUUCAGCUUCUAAAGGGGCCAUAAAUCAGAUAACAAAGAACUUGGCAUGUGAAUGGGCAAAGGAUAACAUUCGUGCAAAUACAGUGGCACCAUGGGUGAUCAACACUCGUGGAGAUGCUCCACUCAAUCCGAUGGAGAAAUACGCCAUGGAUCGGGUACUUGCUGUUACUCCGAUGAAACGUGUUGGAGAGCCGAAAGAAAUUUCGUCGGUUGCUGCAUUUCUUUGCCUUCCGGCUGCAUCAUAUAUUACUGGCCAAGUCAUUUGUGUUGAUGGGGGCCAUACUGUAUUUGCUUACUCUCUUGGCUAAUGUUUGAGAUCUAAAAAAUUCUAUGUUAGGGACAAUUUUCUCAGUUCAAUGAUGGAAUAGUUUGUCUUUGUCUA